UGACAACAACUGACGUAUGGAUCACAUUUACAUAUGAUCAUGGCAUUUCCAAUGGCCCUUUUUCCCAACGUAACAUGGCCUCCAAUCAAGAUUUACAACUGUUAGAUAGUUGGGAAGAAUUAGAUACUGAAGUAUUGGAACAAAACUUUCAGAAAUUAUUAGAACCAAAUAAUAAAAUAAGUGGCAGAAGUAAUGGGAUCGCCUCUAGUUCAACCAGAAAACCUGUUAGAAUAACGUUAACAGGAGAUGAUGCGCAUAGAUCCACACCUCCUGAACCCACAGUUAAAAUAUUAAAAAGACCUGUAAAAACUGUACAACACAACUGUGAUUCUAAAGUGUUCCAACCUAAAAAAACGUUACAACAAAGAGAACAAGAAUAUGCAGAAGCAAGACUAAGGAUAUUAGGGGAAGCAAGUUCAGAAAAAAAUGAAGAAAGGAUUAGUAUAAUCAAUAAACAGAAAACAGAAGAACUAGUUAAUGUGAUAAGACAGCCUAAGGGGCCGGAUGGAACAAGUGGCUUCAAAAUACGUAGAUAGCAUCAUUGAAAAUGACAUCAAUUUGUAACUCAACAUAUCAUUAUUUAAUUUCCAUCGUACCAUAUUUUUGGAGUAUUCUGUUUGCCACCCCAUACCAUGUAUAAUUAACUGAUCAUAAAUAUGAGUAGCUCGGUUUUUUGUACUGAUUGACAUUUUUAUAGUUGAACAUGCUCAACUUUCCUCCAUAACAACUACGAACAAAUAUCAGUAGUUCAUUUGCUGAUAUUCUAUAUAUUUUCAAAUGAGAUCAGUUUUCUCUUUAUAAUUUUAUUAUUGGAUACGAUUAUAUUUAUAUGGUUGCAAUUCAGCAUAAUCUUGUCAAAUAUGGUUCAGAAAAAUCAUAGUACUCUGAUCUAUUUAGAACGAUGAAUGUUUUAUGUAACACUGUAUUUGUUCGAUUUGUUAUAUGAAAGUAGAAAAAUAGUUUCUUAGCAUGCAUUUAACAGAAUUAAAGUGCAUUAUGUAAAGGGUGCCUUAAUAGCAUCACAAAUAGAUAUUUUUAGAAUAUAAUUUAAUAUAUAAAUAAAAAUGAUGAAUCAUUCUUAAUUGGUGUAACUGAGCUACUCUUCCAGUUGUAAAAUUGAUUUGGAAACGAUAAUUAACCAAUUUAAGUAUAAAACUGUAUAAAUAUUUUAUAUAAUAGUAAAUAGUAAUUAAGUUAUAAAGAA